CAGCUUCUUCCCCGUCACUUGGCCAUUGAUACAAACACAACAACAAUGGCAGCUUCUUCUCUCUCCACCUUCUCUUCCCUUUCUCUACGCAACAACUCAUCAUCUCGUUUUUCUACCUUUCAGUCCCAACAACCCAACCACACAUUCUUCAUCCCAAAACCAACCCACCCACCAUUUUAUCUCCUCUUAAACCCAACAACAAAACUCUAUCCCAUUAAUGCCACACCAGCAGAAACCACUUUCUUUGACAACACUGACCCUGAAGAAAUCUCCACUUAUGACCCACCAGAACGCCCUGAUGACUUUCUUGAACCACCAUCUUUCGAUGAUGGUCCAAUGGAGUCUGAAGAAGAUAUUGCUAAGGCUUAUGAAGAGCUAUAUGGGGCAGCUUAUAGUGGAGAGACUUUUCUUGGUAAUGACAUAUAUGCAAUGGAUUCUAAAGUGAAAAAGACUACUGCUUUUGGGAAAACAAAGAAGGAGAAGUCUAAAGACGGGUUUGAUGAGAGAGUUGUGCAAGUUAGGAGAGUUACUAAGGUUGUUAAAGGUGGAAAGCAAUUGCAUUUUAGAGCUGUUGUUGUUGUGGGUGACAAGAAAGGGAAUGUUGGUGUUGGAGUUGGUAAAGCUAAAGAGGUUAUUGCUGCUGUGCAAAAGUCUGCUGUCAAUGCUAGGAGGAAUCUUAUUACUGUGCCUAUGACUAAGUACUUGACUUUCCCCCACAGAGCUGAUGGAGACUUUGGAGCAGCAAGGGUGAUGCUUAGACCUGCAGCUCCUGGUACUGGAGUGAUUGCUGGUGGUGCUGUCCGGAUCGUUCUCGAAAUGGCAGGUGUUGAGAAUGCCUUGGGGAAGCAGCUUGGAAGUAACAAUGCCCUCAAUAAUGCAAGAGCCACUGUUGUUGCUGUUCAGAAAAUGAGGCAGUUUAGUGAAGUUGCUCAAGAACGUGGCAUUCCCAUGGAAGAACUCUGGAAAUGAAGACUUUCUGUUGCUUUGAUUGUUGUAGAAAAAAAAUGUUUCAACUGGGAUAGCUGCAGAUGCACCAUUUAAUUUUUGUCUGCAAGUGAUUAUUUGUUAAUUUUGUGUAAAUUUCAAAAUGCAGCCUUCUCAAACAGGAUGUUUCUAUAAUUUCAUUUCGGCCUACCA